AUACAUGAGGACGAAGGAAUGCAGUGUGCAUUCAAGGAGCUGCCAAAGCUAACGUUAAUCUGUAAAUAACCUCCAACAACACGUAGCACUCUACGUAGCUUAGCAAGACAUUUGCCAACAACACAGAAAACACUGUUGCAGGAAGGCAAGAAAAAUACAACUACAUAUUCAGGAAGCCUGUGGCCUAUUGCGAUUCAGAACGAAGGUUGUUUUUAUCGACAACAGGUGUUGGUUAGCUUGUUCACAAGCAUGCAAUCUGCAAGCAAGCGCUGCAAACAAAAUUUAAGUAUAGCCUAAUAUGUCAUUGGUCAAACCCGUGGCAGUUGCAAAUUGAUGCACUCUGCUGAAAUCAUCGUUUUAGUCCUACUCCACCUUUUUGAUCCAGUGAAAAGAUUGCAGUUGUUCUCUUUGCAGCCAGCGGAACCUACAGGCGACCGAGUGUCACUGUGCUUGCUAACUGAUACUAGUUAGCUGGCGAGCGGAGUUAGUGUAAUCAAAUUUGACAUGAUAAGGCGACACGUCGUUGAGGCGUUGACAAAGCUCAUAAUUCGCAGGGGGUUGCAGUUUGGCACUACAAAUGUUCGAGUAGUGGCUUACCUGUACCCUCAAGUACAACUGAUUCAGUCUGCUCGAGUAAACGCUUGCAACAUCUCGCCAAAACAGCGUACCGGUAGUUACAUGGACAUGCAGGCUCCGUGCGGUUUGGAAAGUGACCCUCUCGUUGAGAUCGAUAUUCCUAUGGAGCGUGAUGAUCAUGGGUUAUCAUCCUCAUCGCUGCCAAGUGUUGUCGCUGUUCCAGAGGAUGGCGCCUCAACUUCUGUCCUGAUAGACGCCAGAAAUGAAAAAGAGAAGUUAAAGAGAGCCAAGAAGAAGGCAAAGAAGCCUCGAGGCCGUAAGAAGAAGCCAAAAGUAUUAGAGGGUAUCGAUGACCUGAUGGCCGAACUGCCUUUCGCUGGAACAGAAGUCUGGAAAGACCUUGACUUUGCCACUUCCGAGCGGCUGAAGAAAAAACGAAAAUUUGGCGAGAGUGCCGAGAGCGAGGAGGAUGCCGAGAAGAAAAAGAAGAAGAAAAGACAACCGACAAACCGACCCAAUUACUUUGUCUCCAUCCCCAUCACCAACCCUGAGAUUAGAGCCGGGGUGGAGGCGGUGCAGGCUGCAGUAAUCCAGCGAGACCCUCGUUUGAGCCGCGCGCUCAUCCCCCCCGCCACGCUGCACAUCACACUGCUCGUCACACAUCUGGAAAACGAGGAGCAGGUCACCGCGGCUUGCUGUGCGUUGGAGGAGAGUCGCCGUGGUGUGUGUGAGGCUCUGGGGGCGGAGCAGGAGCUGCUGUUGCCUUUCUCUGGAGUCAGCAGCUUCAGGAACGAGGUGGCCUUCAUACCCCUCGCCACCGGGGGGCACUGCAACACGCUCACACACCUCGCAGAGGCGGUAAGGAGGACGUUUGUGGAGCGAGGCAUCGCCGUGACCGACGACAAAGCCUUCAAGCCCCAUCUAACCUUCAUGAAGCUCUCCAGAGCACCCAAACUCAGGAGUCAGGGCAUUAAGAAGCUGGACCCGGCGCUGUACUCUGAGUUCUGCGAGCAGGCGUUUGGCAUCGAGAGGGUGUCCUCCAUAGACCUGUGCUCCAUGCUGAAGAGGAAGGGGCCCGAUGGACACUUCCACCGCGAGAAGACCAUCACCUUCGAUCUUACUCAAAGAGCUCGUCGGGUCUCAAGGACAAGUGCGCGUAAGCCGGCCGACGAGGAGGAGUUGGCGCGCGUGAGUCGCCGCGUGGUGGACGAGGCGGUGCAGCGGGCGGUGCAGCAGUACCUGGAGGAGACGCAGGAGACGGAGACGGAGACGCAGCACAGCAACGGGGACGCGCCCCCCCCUAAAGAGGCCCCCGCCAGCCCCAACGCCAACAGCACUAACACCCCCACCGGCAACAACCCCAACGCCACCACCACCACCACCAUGCCAUCAUCCACAUCACCCACGGCCACACAGCAGCAGCAGCAGCAGCAGCAGCCUCCCACCAUCAACGCCAAUGCCAACAAGUGACCUCUGUUAUUGCUAUUGGGCAGCGAUCAGCCACCACAGCAUAGCGCCCCCUGCAGUACCGGAUGCCCACGCCCGUCGUCCAGACGUCACGCCAAGUAAACACCUGACUGGCGCUCGGAGCCGCUGCUGGCUGCUUUGAUCGACCAAGGGCCCAGGACAAAGUCAUCUGGAAGGAAAGCCCCCCCC